AUGGCCAAGGAAACUUGUGAUCGUAUUCUGCAAUGGGUGGAGAACAACCAGACGGCAGAGAAGGAAGAGUACGAAGAUCAGAUGAAGGAAGCUCAGAACAUUUGCACCAAGAUCCUCUCCAAACUCCAUCAACAACCUCAAGGCGGCGCCAGCACUUGUGGCCAACAAAGUGGAGGAUUCGGUGGCCAAGCCAGUGGUCCCACUGUUGAAGAAGUCGACUAA